AUGUUGGGACCUUUCAGGGAUGAACACAUGAAUUUGGCCUUUCGCCCGGUGCGUUGCAUGAUUGCCGGUGCUGGCCUUCAGCCAGCACUUCCAGUUCCUGGAUUUCGAAUGACUGAUGUGAGUAGCCUACGAUAUUUUACUUACAAGAAGCUCAUGCAUCUUUGGUAUCCAGACGAGGAGCGAUUCGUUCCAAUUGAUUCGCUCGAAACAGAUGUAAGUGAUCAGCGUUUUAAGCUGUCUGUUUCUGUAUGGUUUACGGAUGAAUACGAAAUCUAUGCCUCAGUGAUUGUUGCGAUGACAGUGCUGUCGAUAACGCUGGAUGUUUAUCAGACGAGGAAGCAGGAGAAGAAAUUGCGCAGUAUGGUUCAUUCCUCAGCAAUUGUACAAGUGCUGAGGGAGGGCAGUCCGCCAGCAAAUAUCUGCAGCGAAGAA